AUGGAGUCUUAUUAUGAAGAGGAGUAUCAAGCUGCAACCCCUUUGAUUGCCUCUAUACUAUGGGGUAACCAGAGUGAGAGAAACCAACUUGUGACACAGCUAGACACCUUGAACAACCAAAUAUCUACAAAGAAUACUGCACUCAAUUUACCACCUGACGAUGGGCUCAUUAUAACUCCGGCCUUCUCUAUAGCAGCAGAUCUUCUCAGUGAAGCAUCAAUGCAACUUCUUGACUCUGGAGAAACUGCCAAAUUUUUCGAGGUCAAGAAGUAUAUCAAUAGUACAAUUGAUGCAUAUCAAUUUCCUUCUAUCUGGAAGAUUACUUGGAAUGAGUUCCUUGACUAUCACUCCCUCCACACUGGAGAUGAUAUAGAAAGACUAAAGAAGUCUAAUCCUGUUAAGGCUGUCCACGAUGCUAGGGAAGCCCUUUCACCUAAACAGCUCUUUAAUACUGGGCUUCAGGAUAAGAGAUUUUCUGAACACUCGACCAAGAAGGAAUCAUCGGAGGGAGAAUGGUUCAGAGGAGAGUUGCCCGAGGAAGAAUCACUGGAGAAAGCAUCAGGAGGAGAGUCUGAGAGAGAGUCAUCCGGCGAGGGAUCAUCAGAGCAAGAAUCAUCAGAGCAAGAAUCAGAGAGAAAAUUGUCCAACGAAGAAUCGUCGGAGGGAGAAUCGUCGGAGGGAGAAUCAUCGGAGGAAGAUUCAUCAGAGGAUGAAUCAGAGGGAGAAUCGUCGGAGGGAGAAUCAUCGGAGGAAGAUUCAUCAGAGGAUGAAUCAGAGGGAGAAUCGUCCAACGAAGAAUUUUCGGAGGGAGAAUCAUCGGAGGAAGAAUUAUCAGAGGACGAAUCUGAGGGAGAAUUGUUUAACGAAGAAUCGUCGGAGAGAGAGCUGUCCGAAGAAGAAUCAGAGGAGGGGUCGGAGGAGGAAGAUUUGGAGGAGGAAGAUUUGGAGGAGGAAGAGCCCAGACAAACCUAUAAAUUUUGGCAGCAGAGUGUCCCAUUAGGCUCUGCUCGUCAAAACGCCCAGCGCGAAUUCAAAUUUCUCCUUACUAAAGGGUUUGUCUUGGGCUCGCCCAGUGAUCACAUAGUUAUCGUUGGGUUUACAUGCCAGGGCUUUCAUACAGCCCGCAUAAGACCCAAGGAAAGGUAUGAAGAUCAACUGGGUGGCCCUUUUACAGUCUCUUCCCGAGAGGCUUUGAUCGAUGGUGUUGGACUGGUAGCUUGGGACACUGGGGCCUCUAGUGAUACAGUUGCGGCUAUUUUCCCCAAAGAAGAUGCAAGCUAUCCGCCUACAUUUAUAUGGAUAAAGUGGGAGAAUGGAGAAUGGACAUGGGAAUCGCGCGAUGUCUUGAAAACCAUCCUUAAGGAUUUAACAUCCUAUGAAGUCGAUCUUCUAAUAUAUCAUUUAGCAAUUUCGCAGGAGGCUAACUUUCAAGAGAAACUUUGCGGAAAGCGACCUUGCUUUCCCUACCCUCGUAUGUAG